CCCCUUGGGCGAAGGAAAACGUCCACCCCAGUUUGGUUCUCUCGGUUGGACGCAUACGAAGGAGCUUGGAAGCAAGUAGAAGAAGAGAACAAGAAGGGAGAGGAAGAGAAGGAUUGGAGUGGAGAGUUUGAGAGUUAAAGGAGUUGGUCGGCGAAUGGCGAGCCUCUUGGUCCGGGGGAAGGAGGACUAUGGCUUGGGGUUGGAGGAGACCGAGCUGCGCCUGGGGUUGCCGGGUGGCGGAGGAGGUGAAGGGGAUGUGAGUAAGAACUCCGGCAAGAGGGGCUUCUCGGAGACGAUCGACCUGAAGCUAAAGCUUCACACGGUGGCGGACUCGAAGGAGGUGGUGAUGGAGGCGUCGGAGAAGAUGAAGAGGUCGCCGCCGAGCCAGAAUAACAUCCUUACUUGCACCAACGACCCUGAGAAGCCCCCUGCUCCCAAGGCGCAGGUGGUAGGUUGGCCACCAGUUCGAUCGUUUCGGAAGAACAUGAUGGCCAGCCACUCCGACAAGGGGAGCAAAGAAGCAGGGGAGAAGUCUAGCAACUCGGCGGCUUUUGUGAAGGUUAGCAUGGAUGGUGCACCCUACCUUCGAAAGGUGGACCUCAAAAUGUACAGCAGCUACAAGGAGCUCUCCAUGGCCUUGGAGAAGAUGUUUAGCUCCUUCACCAGUGGGAACUGUGGCUCUCAAGGAAUGAAUGGAAGGGAUUUCAUGAAUGAGAGCAAGCUAAUGGAUCUCUUGAAUGGUUCUGAGUAUGUGCCCACCUACGAAGACAAAGAUGGUGACUGGAUGCUCGUUGGGGAUGUCCCAUGGGAGAUGUUUGUUGAUUCGUGCAAGCGUCUGCGGAUAAUGAAAGGAUCAGAAGCCAUUGGACUCGCACCGAGAGCCAUGGAGAAAUGCAAGAAUAGAAGCUGAGAAAGCAGAACUGAUGACCUUGGCCAGUGAGUUGGAUGUGCUAUGUUUUUAUAUAUAAUAUAUAAAUAUGUCAGCGUAAAAGAAAUGGGAUAUAUUUAUAUUGUUUCACGGACAACAAGCAAUUUUGCUUGUUCGCUCUAAUGACCGGCUUUGUCUACAUUGUUUAUUAUGGUGUGUUUAAUAUUCUGUUACAUGUCGCGAUUGUAUUUGAAAUCUGCUUUUAUUCCUUUAGUUAAACCGGAAUUCUAUAAUGCGAUUCUUUGCAUCUGCUGUUCUUUUUGCUA